AUCAGCAGCAUCAUUGCCCGCCUCCACCGCCGCCGCCCUCCCGCCCCUAUUCCCCGCGACACGCUGCAGCUCGGCCACGCCUACCGCCUCAUCGCCGUCGACGAGGUCACCAGGGCCGUGCAGGCCAGGAAGGAGGAGAAGACCUCCGCCGGCGAUGACCAGUCGCUCAUGGACGACGGUCUCGAUCAGUUGGAGCAGCAGGACAGGGACGGCCACCCGAGCAGCUCGACGAAAGGCUCGAGGCAUCGCCAGUGGCGCCCGUCUCUGCACAGCAUCGCCGAAGUCAGCAGCUGAUGCGGCCGACGCAUGGCCUGUAUUUUAGAGUUCAAGUUCAUCUCAUCAGAUGGUUGCUAGAUUCAAGCUCAACACCGGAAGAUGAGCGUCUGCAAAUUACCGGUUUUAACUCAUCUUUUUAGUGAGAUUAAGGUUGGUGCCUCCGCAUCUCAGUGUUGGGACAAAGAGGAAGUUUGAACUAGCAGUGUGGUGUUCGGUGUAGUAGUAAUAUAUUAUUCAGUUAUGAUGCAAAGUACGUAUCUUUGCAGGUGGGUUUUGAGGAUCUUGCUGUUGCUGUGUACUAUACUGUAUUGUUGUCGUUGUUGGUGCCUAAUUCGCAAUCAUAGGCUCGCUGCAUAUUUGCAAUCAUAAGGCUGCUGCAAUGAUA